AACUUACCCUGAUUAAUUAGUGUUUUGACUUGUUUGGUGUGCAAAAGUAAAAAUGUGGUUUCUUGGUUGGAAAGGGGCAUCAGGGUUCUCAGCCUCUUCCACAGCCGAACAAGUCACUCAAGGGAUUGAUGGAACCGCCCUCACCGCCAUCGUCACAGGAGCAACAAGUGGCCUUGGUCUGGAGACCACCCGGGUUCUUGCAUUGCGCGGUGUCCAUGUUGUUAUGGCAGUAAGGAGUCUGGACAGUGGUAAGAAUGUCAAAGAAACAAUACUUAAGGAAAUCCCCUCGGCUAAAAUUGAUGUCAUGGAGUUAGAUCUAAGCUCUAUGGCAUCGGUAAGGAAAUUUGCAGCAGAUUUUAAUUCUUCUGGUCUUCCACUCAAUAUCCUAAUUAACAAUGCAGGGGUGAUGGCGACUCCAUUCACACUUUCCCAAGACAAUAUUGAAUUGCAGUUCGCAACCAAUCAUUUAGGCCAUUUUCUCUUGACAAACCUUUUAUUAGAAACUAUGAAAAAAACAGUAGGGGUAUGCAACCAGGAAGGAAGAAUAGUUAUUCUAUCAUCAGAGGCACACAGAUUUGCUUAUCGUGAAGGGAUUCAAUUUGAUAAGAUCAAUGAUGAAUCAGGGUAUAGCAGUUAUUUUGCUUAUGGACAAUCAAAGCUUGCUAAUAUCUUACAUGCAAAUGAGCUUGCAAGGCGCUUGAAGGAAGAAGGAGUGGAAAUCACUGUCAACUCCCUUCAUCCUGGAUCAAUUAUUACAAAUAUUCUGCGAUACCAUGAUUAUAUUAAUGCCCUUGCUAACAUGGUGGGCAAGUACUUCCUUAAAAAUGUGCAACAGGGAGCUGCAACUCAAUGUUAUGUGGCAUUGCAUCCACAAGUCAAGGGAAUAUCUGGUGAAUACUUUAUGGAUAGCAAUAAGGGAAACCCGGCCUCUCUGGCUAAAGAUUCAGAGCUGGCAAAAAAACUAUGGGAAUUCAGCUUAAGCCUGACUAAUCCAAAGUAGCUUAAAGGUUUGACUAGAGGAAGCUUCAUAAAUGCCAACAUUAUUGUAUUGGAAAACAAGUUUCAGCGAAUUAGAAAUUUAUAGUGGUGUAAGCUUACAACUUGAAGGUUUUUAUUAAUUAUUACAGCUCAGACUACUAUCCAUUACAGUAUUGUUUUGGUACCGUUAUUGUUGAAAAUCAAGCAGUAUACAUAAUUAGUUUCAAACUUGACUCCAUAAGUCCCUUCUGCAUUGAUAUCGAAAUCAUUACGGAAGAAUUGUAUUAAUGUAAUCGCUACAUAUUAUUACCACAUUGCGGCCAUACUUUUUUACUUGUGAA